AUGUCAAGCCAAGAUAUAAAGGCGCGCUUGGAACAGGAGCUCAUAGCGUCGGGCAAAUACCAGGACAUUUACAACUUUUUGAAAAUCCAGCUCGCAAACUCUGGCUGGACUGAGCAAACGCCCGAGUCGCAAAAUCUACGAUUUGUGGAACUCGUGGAUAAACUACAACCACAAGCACUCAGCAUGGUGCCCGAUGACGUGAAAGCACAGACGCUCGCCAAGAUCAAAGAGUUCCUGGACUCAGUCAUAGAAUGA